UGUUCAGAGUACCCAGAUAUGGUUGAGGAAAGCGUGUUGAGUUGUUCUUCUGUUGUAGCAUGGGAGAGCGGAGAUUUGGGACUAUGUGAUACGCCGCAGGGAUUUGAAGCAUCGCCUUUUUUCUCGGCACAAGAAGGUGUGUCAAGUUUUCCAUCUCUCCCUCCAUCGUUCCACGACCCGGCCUUCCCUGUCCCGCAAUACUCCGGCUCCUGGGAAGGCCUCGCUCAGCCCUACACUCAGUUCCUCCCCCUGACGCCCCCGCUCGCCGCCGACACGUAUCUCGCCGGAUCUUCGCCCGCCACGCCUUCGGUACCUUCGCCUCCUUAUGCGUGCCCUCCGGGCCCUUCCUCUUCCCAGAGUCUUUCCGGACGAGGGCUGAUGCCUUCCGUGUAUACCGGAGCGCUGACGCCCCCGGUGUCGCCCGCACCGACAGUUAUCGCCACGAACCUCGCCGCGCAGCAGGUUCGGGUCAUCACCCCGUCGGAGGUCUUGCCGUUGUCGGGGAAGCCCGUCGUGGCCAAGCAGACCAGGCAGAAGUUCCCCUGCUCCGACUGCGGCAAGUUGUACACCCAGCGGAGAGCCAGGGACCUGCACAUGCUCGUCCACACGGGAGAGCGCCCCUUCGUCUGCGACCGCUGCGGCGCCGCCUUCAACCGCCCCGGGACGCUCAAGGUGCACCGCAUCACGGAGGUCUGCCUCCGCAAGCACCGCAGGGCGUUCGACCAGCGGGCCAGCGCUCGGGCCGGGCGGGCGUGGGCGCACCGGACGUCAAUGGCCGCGCCCAAGUGAUUCUCGUGUAGUUUUUGUUCCUGUCGUUUUCUCAAUAAAACCUUA